AUGGAAUCUUUGACAACUACCAUUCGUUUCGUCAUGCUGAACUGCCGAAAACUAUCGAGUGAACUCCAUCAAGCCACCCUGUCUAGGCUUCUUCGAUAUCUUUGUGUGCUCUUUGCUGCACUGCAGGAAACGCACAUGAGAGAUAGGCCCGGCGUCAGCACCGAAAAUUACACCAUAUACUGCGGCGAUGCUGAUGAGAACAAAGUGGGUGGCUCCGCGAUAGUUAUGAAGAACGAUUACAACAACCUGGUGGAGGAAUUUGGCUCAAAGUCGUCUAGAUGCGCGUUUGUACGACUGCGGGAUCGCAGAAGACUUAAACGCUGGAUUGUGAGUGCUCACGCACCUACGGAAACCGCUGAGGACAACAGUGAGGACGCCUUCUAUGAUGAACUUAAUGCGUUGAUGUCUAAAAUACCAAGCCAUCAGGUGAUCAUUGUCGGAAUCGACGCAAAUGCGAUGAUGGGACUCGAAUAA